CGGAAGGGCGACAUCGCAGCCUCCUGAACUCGGUGGUGGCAGCGAGGGGAUGGCGGCGCCCGCAGCUCCGGGCGGCAGUGGCCCCGGCACGGACAGCCUGCUGGACCAGGAGACAGCCCGGUGGCUACGGUGGGACAAGAGAACAGGGCAGUGUAAGGUGAACUGAACUGGUUCUUGUGAAUGUCUAUUUGAAGCAGUGGAUGUAAUAGAAAAAGCACAAAGUCCAUGCUUAUCAUGCAGUUGAAGCAAGUCUAUUAAUCUCUGAGGUGUCUCCAUCUGUAAAAUGGAGGUUUUGUUAUUUGUCUGCUUCUUGAAGUCAUUACAAGAUUCAAAUUUGACCAGAAUCCUUUAACUUUGGAGUCAGUUAAACAACUAAUUGCAGAAGGCAAUAAAGAAGAACUACAGAAAUGUUUCGGGGCUCGCAUGGAGUUCGGGACAGCUGGCCUCCGAGCCGCUAUGGGAGCCGGAUUCGCUCGUAUGAACGACUUGACCAUCAUCCAGACUACACAGGGAUUUUGCAGAUACCUGGAAAAACAAUUCAGUGACCUUAAGCAAAGAGGUGUCGUGAUCAGCUUUGAUGCUCGAGCUCACCCAGCAAGUGGAAGCAGCAGCAAAAGAUUUGCCCGCCUUGCUGCAACCACGUUUAUCACUCAGGGGAUUCCUGUGUACCUGUUUUCUGAUAUAACCCCAACCCCUUUUGUGCCCUACACAGUGCUGCAUUUGAAACUUUGUGCUGGGAUCAUGAUAACUGCCUCCCACAACCCGAAGCAAGACGAUGGUUAUAAGGUCUACUGGGCUAACGGAGCUCAGAUCACCCACCCGCACGACAAGGGGAUUUCUCAAGCUAUUGAAGAGAACCUGGAGCCGUGGCCCCAAGCUUGGGAUGAUUCCUUACUUAACGGCAGUCCGCUCCUUCACGACCCAAGUGCUUCCAUCAGUAAGGACUACUAUGAAGACCUUAGAAAAUACUGUUUUCACAGGAGUGUGAACAAGGAGACCAAGCUGAAGUUUGUGCACACCUCCGUCCACGGCGUGGGCCACCGCUUUGUGCAGUCGGCUUUCCGGGCUUUUGACUUUGCUCCUCCCGAGGCUGUUCCCGAACAGAAGGAUCCCGAUCCUGAGUUCCCAACAGUGAAAUACCCGAAUCCCGAAGAGGGUGAAGGUGUCUUGACUUUAUCUUUUGCUUUGGCUGACAAAAUCAAGGCCAAAGUCAUUUUAGCUAAUGACCCAGAUGCUGAUAGACUUGCUGUAGCAGAAAAGCAAGACAGUGGUGAAUGGAGAGUGUUUUCUGGCAACGAGUUGGGGGCCCUCUUGGGCUGGUGGCUCUUUACUUGUUGGAAAGAAAAGAAUCAAGAUCCCAGUGCCCUCAAGGACACCUACAUGCUGUCCAGCACCGUCUCCUCCAAAAUCUUGCGGGCCAUUGCCUUAAAGGAGGGUUUUCACUUUGAGGAAACAUUAACUGGCUUUAAAUGGAUGGGAAACCGAGCCAAGCAGCUAAUAGACCAGGGGAAAAAUGUCUUAUUUGCAUUUGAAGAAGCUAUUGGAUACAUGUGCUGCCCUUUUGUUCUGGACAAAGAUGGAGUCAGUGCCGCCGUCAUAAGCGCAGAGCUGGCUAGCUUUCUUGCAACCAAAAAUUUGUCUCUGUCUCAGCAGCUAAAGGCCAUCUAUGUUGAGUAUGGCUACCAUAUUACCAAAGCUUCAUAUUUUAUCUGCCAUGAUCAAGGAACCAUUAAGAAAUUAUUUGAGAACCUUAGAAACUAUGAUGGGAAGAAUAACUAUCCGAAAACUUGUGGCAGAUUUGAGAUCUCUGGCAUUAGGGACCUUACCACUGGUUAUGAUGAUGGCCAGCCUGACAAAAAAGCGGUUCUCCCUACUAGUAAAAGCAGCCAAAUGAUCUCCUUUACCUUUGCGAAUGGAUGUGUGGCCACCAUGCGGACCAGCGGGACAGAGCCCAAAAUCAAGUACUAUGCGGAACUCUGUGCCCCGCCUGGAAACAGUGAUCCUGAGCAGCUGAAGAAAGAACUAAAUGAACUAGUUACUGCUAUUGAAGAACAUUUUUUCCAGCCACAAAAGUAUAACCUGCAGGCAAAAGCAGAGUGAAAUAUUCCAGCCUUGGGCACAAUUGCAUUUACCUACAUUAAGCUGAACUUGAUUUCUUUAUUCUUUUUUUUAAAUAAAUCUUUAUUGUUCAGAUUA